CGCCAUGGCUUACCAGCACCUACAUUUCUACAAAUAACGCUAUACUCACAUACACAGAAUUUCGAUACGGCCUUCGGAAAUUUUUCUGGGGCGACUAUGUGGAACGCCAACACUCCAACGUCCGAAGAUUGCCUUUAUUUAAAUGUGUUUAUCCCUGGGAAAGUAGAUCCAAAUAAAAGACUCGCUGUAAUGGUUUGGGUGUAUGGAGGAGGAUUCUAUUCGGGAACGUCCACGUUAGAAGUUUACGAUGGAAAAAUUUUGCCAGUG